AUGGAGUCUGCUGACAGGAAGUUCGAAAUGAAGAAACUUGAUAUUGCUCGGAGAGUUAACGAGCGUCUCAAUGACCUCGAGGAAGAAGCCAAACAGAAGGCCCAGUACCUAUUGACGAAAGCAAUGGAACAGAGACAGGAGGAGGAAGACGAGAUAAAACUGUUGAAUGAACAAAUAAUGAACGCUAAAAUUCAAGCUAUCCGAGAUGCGCAAGUGUUAGAGAAGAGACAAAUAGAAAAGGAAAUUCGUGAUGAAGACCAGAGACUGGAUAAUAUGAUGGAAAUGGAACGUCAAAAAGGAAUAAAAAUGCAAGAAGAAAUCGAUCGGAGGAAGCGAGAAGAGGAAAUGCUUGGUGCGUGUGAAAUUAUGCAACAAAUAAACCAAAACCAGCAAGAUCGUUUGCUUCAACUGGAGCGACUGGAACAGGAAAACGCUGAAGCCAGACGAAAGAUGGCGGCUGAUAUGCUUGAGGAGUUGGAUCGUCGAGCAAAAAAGCGUGCAGAACAGGACAGAUUACGUGAGGAACUCAACCUAUCUAAUCAGCAGAUGAUCGAAAUGCGUCUAAAGGAGAAGGAGCAGGAUCGUUUAUUCGACCUGAAAAUCUUAAAGGAGCAGCAAGACAAAGCGGCCCGCGAAGCCGCCUACGAGGCUGAACAAGAACGAAUCAGAGUGGAGAAGGAAUUGGAGAUUGCGAGACUUCGGAGUCUGCAGGAGAAGGCCAGCGAUGAGGCGGCAGAGCGUGACGCCCUUCGAGCUAAACGAGCCCAGGAGGAGACUGAACGGCAGUUUCGUCGGAAGGAAUUAGAGGCUGCGAGGAAGUUGGCUGCGGAGAAGGAGGAGAUGAACCGCGAACGGCUGACCCAGGCAGAAAACAAGAAGCGACUUCUGGCAAUGGAGGUCAGUCGCGAAAGAGCCGAGUUCGAGCGGAUUCUCAGGGCUCAGAAGGAGGCGAUCGCCAAGGAUAAAAAAGAAGCUGAGUUAAGAAAACAGAAUCAAAUUAAUUUCUGUAACGAAAUUAAACGUCAAAUCUGCGAAUCCGAACAGGAACGGAUUGCCGAACGGAAUGCAUUCUUUGAAGAAGGCGUUCGAAUGGAAGAAGAGGCCCGACUGCGUCGUUUGAGACUGGAGGAUGCCAAGAACCGGAAGAUGAACGAACUAAGGUUAGUCUUGCAAACGUUUUCAUUGUUUUCAUCCUGGUACAUAAGUUGCGGUAGCCAAAAUUAUGAGCAGACCAUAAUUAGCAUGAAAUCCAGGCCCGAUCCCGAAUAA